AAGGACAUGUUUACUUUUCCGUGCGGAUAUGUUUCUUCCUGGUUCCAUUAAAUAGUAAACUCUCCUUUAAUGUGGAUAUCAGAGUGGAGCAACUUUUGCCAACGCGAAUGAUUAAAAAUAGCUGUCUAUCGAAGCUGACUGCGUGUGAGGGAGAAGCGUCCAAAUACAAAAUAAGUAGGCAUUUUGUCGGAAGCAGAUUUGUGAUUACAUCCUCGCCACCCACCACGCCCACCCUCCCACAUAUUUGAGGAACCCCCCUGCCCGCGUCUCGCAAGGCGCUAGUGAAGAACCUGCGAACCGAGCCGUGUUUUUUUCUAUGGCUCUGCUGACCCUGCACCGGCCCCCGUCCAUCUCCACGGCUCCGGAUGAAAGCAUUCCAAGAAGAGGGAGACUUCAGAAAAGGGAGAGCUUUGCUCUGGUCAAGGGGGCCGUCCUUCUCUUGGAAGGAGAGAGGGAGGAGCCUCAUGAAGAGACAUCACCCAAUCACUUUCCUUCAUCCCUGAAGCUGGGGGGCGGAGCUUCAGACACACAACACAGACAUCUGCAUGCCAUGGUGUCAUUACUGAGACCAGAGGACACUAUCAAACUGGCGGUGAGGUUGGAGUCAGUGAGUCCAGUCAGAGUGAGGUAUCUGAUCGUGGUCUCCACCCUCGGUAACAAACAGGAGAGCAUUCUCCUGGGCAUGGACUUCCCCGACACAGACAGUGAUCAGUGUACUAUCGGUAUGGUUGUGCCCAUAUGGAGUGCCACACAAGUGUACCUGGACGGAGAUGGUGGGUUCAGUGUCACGUCAGCAGAAGAGACAAGAAUCUUCAAGCCUGUUUCCAUCCAGACCAUGUGGUCUGUGCUGCAGGCGCUGCAUGGCUGCUGUGAGCGGGCGGUGAAGGGUGCAGUGAUUCCAGGCUGUGGGCUGGACUGGGCCCAACACUACUAUGGGCAUGUGGAGUCUAACCGCCUCUGUCUAAACGAGUGGGGCGCUAUGACAGGCCUGGAGUCAAUCAGGAGGGACAGCGCCGGACAGAGCUCGACGGAGAGGGUGUCUGUGGAGAGGCAGAUCAAAGAGGAACUCCGAGACAUCAUGAGAACAGAGGACCUGGAGAACAUCACCUCCAAACAGGUCCGCAGUGCCCUGGAGGCCAGGAUAGGCAUGGAUAUGAAGAAUUACAAGGAAUACAUCGACAAUGAAAUGAUGGUCACCAUGGCGCAGAUGGACAAGCCCUCCAAAAUAUUUGACUAUUUGUUCCUGGGGUCUGAGUGGAAUGCUGCCAACUUUGAGGAGCUACAGAAAAACAAUGUGGGAUACAUCCUGAACAUUACACGGGAGAUCGAUAACUUCUUCCCAGAGUCCUUCAGCUACAUGAACAUCAGGGUGUACGACGUGGAGGCUACAGACCUGCUGUCCCACUGGAAAGACACAUACACCUUCAUCAACACAGCCAGGCAGAGUGGCAAGGCGGUGCUGGUGCAUUGUAAGAUGGGCGUGUCUCGCUCUGGGUCCACAGUGGUGGCCUACGCCAUGAAGCAGCAGCGCUGGCCCCUGGAGGUGGCUCUGUCCUACGUCAGGGACCGCAGGCCCAUCGUCCAGCCCAACGUCGGCUUCAUGAAGCAACUCCACACCUAUAGUGGCAUCCUUAACGCCAGUCAGCAGCGCCACAGCGCUCUCUGGAGGCGGAUGUCGCGAGAGAAGAGAAAGAGGUCUGCUGCUUCACACAGCAACGAAGAAGAAGAGGAGGAGGAGGAGGAGGAGGAGGAGAGUGACGAGGAGGAUGAAGAAGAGACGGAGAGUCCAGAUGAAGUUGAUGAGGCAGAUAAAGAGGUAUUUGAAGAGCCUGCCCCCAAGGUUGAGACUGACGCAGAAGCUUCACUCACGGAACUUGCCUCCCCACUCACGGAACUGGCCUCCCCACUCACGGAACUGGCCUCCCCACUCACGGAACUGGCCUCCCCACUCACGGAACUGGCCUCCCCACUCACGGAACUGGCCUCCCCACUCACGGAACUGGCCUCCCCACUCACGGAACUGGCCUCCCCACUCACGGAACUGGCCUCCCCACUCACGGAACUGGCCUCCCCACUCACGGAACUGGCCUCCCCACUCACGGAACUGGCCUCCCCACUCACGGAACUGGCCUCCCCACUCACGGAACUGGCCUCCCCACUCACGGAACCGGCCUCCCCACUCACGGAACCGGCCUCCCCACCCACGGAACUGUCUGCAGCUAAUCCCCUUAUCACUGUACACGACAGUGACAAGCCGUCCUCUCAGAGCCCCAGUCGCAGUGGCAGGAUGAACCUCUUCUCUCUCAUGCAGUCCAUCAACGAACUGGACGAUGAGGAUCUCAGGAAUGAACAGAUUGCCAACAGUCACCGGCGGUCUCCAGGGCAGCGGAGGCGGAGUCAUGGACGGAAGGGCCUCAUGCAUCAGAGGGCCCAUGUGGAUGGUUCACCUGAGCCAAGCAGCCUAUCAGGUCCCAAAAAAUGUGAAGGGGCGGGGCCAAGUAAACCUGAGUCCAGGGAAGGAGAUACCAAGACGAUGGAAGGGCGGUAAAGGGAGAGAAGGGGAGAAUGGAUGGAGAAAGAGAAGCCUAGAGGAGACACUAAUAGGAAGAGAGGAAAUGUUCUGCCUUCUUUCAAGCUAUAAACAUGAAAGUAUCACCCAAAGGUAUUUAUAUACAUCAUACUACUUAAGCCUUGUUCACACUGCAGGCCUUAAAAGCUCAAAUCAGUGUUUUUCAAUUCUGUUUUGGAAUACUGACUGGUCAAACAGCAAGUUACAAGUAACCAAAUCAGAUUUGUUUGUUCAGACAGCAGUCAUUUGCUUACAUGGCUACACUAGCUGUCAUGGCAUUGAUGGGUGUGUGUGAGCAGUGGUGUAGACUGAUUCACUCAUUUGUUUGUAAACAAUGAACAAGCUUGUUAGCUACCACGUUCUUGUCAAACUGUCAGUGGCUAGCAAGCAACAAGAUAUGCCAAAUAAGUCUAAAAACCAUUUGCGGGCAAAUAAAUCCGAUUUGACCGUUCAGACACAAGUUGCAUGGCCAGGAAUCCGAUUAGUACCUGAUUUCAACCCACCUACGAAGGUGUUUUGAAAUGUGGCUUGAAAUGUUUGUCUGUUCCUACUGCAGGAAAAAGAACAGAUUUGAAUCGUAUGUGCAUUUCUUUUAGUUAGUUCAAACUGCCAAUGUGAACAAGGCUUUAGACUCCCAACUAGCAUAGCGUUAUACACGGAGUAUACAAAACAUUCAUCAGGGGGUUGGACACUACAAGCUGUCAAGCGUUCCACAGGGAUGCUGGCAAAUGUUGACUUCAAUCCUCGCCACAGCUGUGUCAAGUUGAGUGUGAAAAACCCAGCAGCGUUGCAGUUCUUGACACACUCAAACUGGUGCACAUUACACCGUUCAAAUGCACUUAAAUAUUUUGUUUUGCUGAUUUCACCCACUGAAUGGCACACAAACACAAUCCUCGUCUCAAAGCUUAAAAAUCCUUCUUUAACCGGUCUCCUCCCCAUCAUCUACACUGAUUUGAAGUGGUGACAUCAAUAAGGGAUCAUAACGUUCUCCUGGAUUCACCUAGUCGGUCUGUCAUGGAAAGAGGUGUUCCUAAUGUUUUGUACACUCAGUGUAUAAUUUGAUUAUUUAAGUGUCAUUCCUUUUGCACAAUAUUUAAUUUUAGGUUCUUUUAAUGUAUCAAACAAAACCUGUUCCCCAACACAUUUACUCCAUUGGUAGUGAUGGCUCACUUAUUUUUAUGUCACUGCAGUAUUACGACACAAAUAAUUAUGUCUAUAACCAAAGCUUAGUAUUUCUGGUUAGACUUACCUACUGUCACUGAAGUUGGAAUGUAUGUACAUUAUCAUACCGCAUGUGUAGUGUGCCCUCCUUCUCUCCUCAUGACCUAUGACCUCUAUGCAAUAAUUAAUUUGUCUUCUCUGAAUACCUGCCAGUUCAGGUUGUGUAUUUUAAGUGCCCUUAUUUUAGGGGUUUCCUUUUUUUACAAACGCACAUACAAGCUAGAUCUUUUUAGAGUUUAUGAAAAUGGCAUGCUGUCUCAAUGAUCCAAAACUUGAAUUGUCUCACUGAGGUUUCAAAAUAGUAAUGUUGAGUGACUGUUUUAAGCUGUGUUAUUAUUCUGGACCAAUUCAUGACCAAUCCAAGGGCACCAGACUGUUUGCCAAUUGUGUUCCUCUGUGCCAAUGAACUUUCUGUCCUUGAGUUUUAGGGCCCAAUUCAAUCAGAUCUGCUUCAGCAGACAGCCGCGAAGCUAAUGUUUUGACGGUGUUGGAGGUGGAACUUCAUUAGAGCUGUCAAAUUCACAAGUGGCUCCCAGCAUGCAGUCGCAUUAAGAACCCAUGCAGACUUGUUUACAAGUUGGGACACUGGAAUGUGAGAUGUAAACCACACCUCGAUUAUGCUGAUUUAGAAAUCCUCAUUUAUUUUGUUAAAUGAUUUUUCAAUUUGAGCGUAAUUAUUUCUAUAUAGCCUUCACGUUCUCGUUCUGAACUUCCUCCGUGAGUGCAGCAGAUUGUGUUACAAUGAUGGAGCAGCUGCUCACUGAUUAGACAGUUCCACUCGCCUGCGACACCACCAAAACAUCCGCUAAGCGGUUGCCUGCUGUCGCCGGUUAACGCUUGAACUGAUUGAAUGUAAGCCUUAAUCUAAAGACAACAGAUUUGAGGAUCAUUAGAAAACUCGUACCCUCUUUUUAAAAUUUUUAAUCUUCGGUGUUAAAUCCCUUUAAGUUAUUGGAGAUGUUUUUAUUUCUUUUUUUAAAUAUUUCACUGUCGUUCCACAAAUAGCCUUGCUGUAAGAGUGCCUUGGACGUGGGACCUAAAUAACCAAGUUAUUUCCCGAAUACACAGACCCUGAUUUAAAGUAUUUAUGAUAUCUACGGUAUAUUGCUAUUUCUCUGAGCUGGUGGCUUUUUUUCAUAUUGUUUUAACGGUUUGUCUUCAUGACCAGCGUGCAUGUUAGCAUGAUUUUGUUCAGGUUACGGUUUUUGUGUCUAUUUUGGACUUUUGAGGUAGUUUUGGCAUUAUGGUGAAAGUUUCUGAACUUUCCUCAGUUAAACUGAAUGGUUCUUCAUGCUGAUUUCUUUAUCGAUCCAUUUUUUUUUUUUUUAAGUCUUCAGCUGGCUGUGUUUUUAUAUUCAUCAUUGAAACAAGUUUCCACCACAUCAUCAUCAUCCCAUUGACACUGCCUGAGCCGACCUCUGCUGUACUGCAAUCAAAUCCAUCAAUGACCUGUAUCUGUCAUUGUUCUGGAUAAGUGUUAUCUCCCCCACUGUUUACAGCUAUACUGUAUGAGUGAAUAAAUGUUUCAGAGUAACCAA